AAAUGACGCUCAUUGUGUGUUGCUAUCAUGUUGCCAUGUGAUCCGCCAUUACUGUAAACAAGUUAGAAAGAACGAAGAGAUUGUAAACAUGGGGGUUGAUUACUACGAUAUCCUAAAGCUUACCAGAAGUGCAACCGAUGCCGAUAUAAAGAAAAACUACAGAAAACUUUCGCUGAAAUAUCACCCUGACCGAAAUUCUGGGGAUCAGGAUGCCUUGGAUAAAUUCAAACAGUGUGCAGAAGCAUAUGAUGUUUUGAGCGAUCCUCGGAAAAGGGCCACAUAUGACCAGUUUGGUGAAGAAGGUUUGAAAAAUGGGGUGCCCCAGGGUAGCGGGGAAGCAGGGGCCUGGACGCAAGGAUACACAUUCCAUGGAAAUGCAGAAAAGGUGUUCAGGGAUUUCUUUGGUGGUGAUAAUCCGUUCCAAGAAUUCUAUGAUAGAGUGGAUGGGGAUCUUAGCAUGGGCUUUGGUGGGCUACAAGGUAGAGGAAGAAAGAAGCAGGAUCCACCUAUAGAAAGAGACCUUGUCUUAUCCCUAGAGGAGGUGUUCCAUGGAUGUACAAAGAAAAUGAAAAUCACAAGAAGGGUUAUGAAUGAAGAUGGUCACACAUCCAGUAUCAGAGAGAAAAUCUUAACUAUAACUGUCAAAAAAGGCUGGAAACCCGGAACAAAAAUCACAUUUCCAGAAGAAGGCGACCAGGGUCCAAAUAAUGUCCCAGCUGACAUCGUAUUUAUUGUAAAAGACAAGCCCCAUCCUCGUUUCCGCAGACAGGGAAUCAAUCUGAUCCACACUGCCAAAGUUCCGCUCGGGAAAGCCCUGACAGGCUGCACAGUGGAGAUUAUCACUCUGGAUGAGAGGGUGCUUCAUAUUCCCAUCAAUGAUAUCAUCAAGCCAGGAUAUACAAAAGUAGUCCCAGGUGAGGGAAUGCCAGUGUCAGCUGAUCCCACAAAGAAGGGAGAUUUAGUGAUAGAAUUUGACAUUGAAUUCCCAACGUCCUUGACCCCCGACAGAAAGGACCUGAUCAAAAAGGCGCUCCUCCAUUAACUUAUAGAGUUAUUAUCAAUCUCUUCAAAACAUCAGAAGCUGGACUUUAUUGAACAAACUGGUUGUUUUUAAUAUUUAUAAGUGCAAAAUGUGAAAUUGGAUUGUUUUUAUAAAGUCGUAUAUAGUGGAUAUUUAAUAUGUGAUCAAGGAAAUUAGUAUCACACUUUUUCAAAGACAUUUACAAACUAUUUGUAUAGCAGGUUUCUUUUUACUGUUAUAUGUUGUUUACAAAUAUUAUUAUUAUGAUCUUUGUACUUUACAUGAAGUAUACCAAUCAUGAAAUAAAACUGUGAUAAAUAUUUAC